AUGACGAUCAGGGUUCAGGUUAAUCGAUCUGCUUCCAUGCAAAUCCUUUCGCAUUCGGUCGUUGACGGCUUUGCCAGAAGACCACAAAGACAGACAACUCGAAACUCGAAAGCACAACGAAACAAAGCAAGACAAGGAAAACAAGACCAUCACCAUGGCUCUGGUCCAACUCUCUGAUUCCGGUGCCUUGUCGGAGUUCUUGAACAAGCACAAGAAUGUUCUUCUUACUGUCUCGGCCCACUGGUGUGGCCCUUGUAAGGCGUCCAAGCCUCAGCUCGAGCAAUUGGCGGAAAAGUAUUCGGCGGAUAUGAGCAAGGACAUCCAGUUUGGCAUUGUCUACGAAUCCGAUAUUGGAGAAGACAUUCAUCAAUACUCUGUUCGAGCAUUUCCCACAUACGUCCUCUUUCAGAAUGGAAAGGAAACCAACCGUGUCGAAGGAGUCAAUUUUGCCGGCAUUGAAGACAUGAUCAAUGCAGCGGCCGCUUCGAUGGUCAUGACGGGAGGACACACGCUGUCGGAUGGGGCUGCCGCGUUGACACCCGAACAAGCACGAGCCGCUCGAUUGGCCAAAUUGGGAGCUCCUGCUCCUGCGCCUCCAGCAGCGGAAAAGCCGGCAGCAGCAGUGGAAGAACCGCCCGCCAAAAAGGAAGAGGAUGUCGAAAUGAAAGAUGCUGCCGGGAACGACGAAGCCGCCAAAGACGGGGAUGGCGACGCAAAAAUGGAAGAUGCCGAACCGGAAAUGGUGGAUCCUACAUUGGAUCUGGAACCAUCGAUUGUCAAGACACUCACGGACGACAUGGGAUUUCCAUUGAUCCGAGCUCAAAAGGGACUUUUGAAUGGCAAUGCUCGUACCGUCGAUGCUGCCAUUGAAUGGCUGACGGAACAUCAAGAUGAUGCCAACAUUGAUGAUCCAAUUCCAUUGGCGCCCAAGGACGGCGUCGUAGCUCAGUCGUACAAAUGUAAUGAAUGUGGAAAAAUCUUGUCCAACAUGGCCAAUCUGGAACUCCAUGCCAACAAAACAGGACACAGUGACUUUGAAGAAUCGACAACGCUUGUCAAGCCUCUGACACCCGAGGAAAAGGAAAAGAAAAUUGCGGAAAUCAAAGAACUGCUCAAAUUGAAGCGGGCCGAACGAGAGGAGAUCGAAAAAGUAGAUGAUGUGGAACGAGAAAAGAGUCGACGAACCAUGGGAAAAGAAAUGGCCAAGACUCGUGAGCAAAUGGAUCGUGAACAACGAAAGCGAGAUGCCCUCCAGCGCAAGCGGGAGAAAGAAGCCGCCAGACGGGAGCGCGAACGUAUUCGUGCCGAGCUGGAAAAAGACAAGUUGGAGCGUAAGGCCAACAAAGGAAAGCUCUCUUCUCGUUUGGGAGUGGACGGGUACAACCCAGAUGGGAUCCAAUACGACAAGGAAGCAGAUGAGCAAGAGGGUGAUGCUGCAGCACCACAAAAGAAGAAGUCUGCGGGGCCCAGCGCUGCCAAAAUCGAUGAGUACAUUAAAAAGGUCUCCAGCUACAGGGCUGGUGGUGAUGGACUCAAGUGUCUGAAGAUUCUCAAGAUCUACAUUUCAAACGUUGUCGACAACCCCACGGAAGAGAAAUUCAAAUCAAUCAACAUGGAAAACAAGGCGUACAAGGCCAAAGUAAAGCCCUUUAUUGGGGCCAAGAGUUUGCUCUUGGCUGUGGGAUUCAGUCAAAACGAAGGAGGAACAGCAUUGGUUCUGAAGGAGGAAGCAGAGCCGCCAGUGCUCGCGGAUGCCAAGGCAAAACUUGAAGCUGCUAUCAGCUCAUACUAGUCAACUACUCUAUUUACUUCCCACACUAACGCAAGGCACUAACGCAAAUGAAUGAGUCCAAACUACUGGUAUUGCAAUAUAUAUAUAUAUUAGCAAAUAUAUGCUAUGCAAAUCCUCUCAUGGCAAGCAUAUGAAUUGUGCGUUCGGUUGCUGGUAGAAGGCCAUCAUGCUGCGCAAGGACUGCUUGUUAAGUCUCUAUGAUUCACUCUAGAUCUACUUGUAGCUUGUUCGGGACAAUCCAAAAGAAUCCUCGUCUGGAGGAGUUGUGGUUGGCUUGCAAUUACUUGGUUCUUCUUCUGAUACUAUCAUUUGGUACCGUACAGUGUACUUGGUAGCUUCUGAUACUAUCUACCGGUGCUUACCCGGGGCAAGCUACCAGGAGGUACCACUGGUAGCUAGCUAGCUAGCUAGCUAGGCAAGUGUUCUGUUUCGUAUUACCUCGGCAGGUUAACUGCCUGAGUUCUCAACCCCUUUACCUCGGCAGUCUAUCUGCCUGAGCCGCAAAUAUUCUGUCUGUGGAAUCCCCUUGUUUUGUGUCUGUGGGAUCCCCCUCAUUUCCUGUCUGUGGGAUCCCCUAUUUGUUGAAAAGGUGUGAACUUGAACGCACAAUUUCUCUAAUUUAAUCAAUAUCCUUC